GAUAUCUAAUAAAAAAAUGGCUUUGGGACAAAGGGAUUAAGGAUCUUGUUAGCAAUGUGAGCUUACAAAAAGUCUCGUUGCCAAGGCCCUUAUUGACAAUUCUUCAAAUGAAAGUAUGUUUAGUCCUAUACAAAUAAAGCAUGAAUGUACAACCAUAGAGGAUGUAAACGCAAGUAAUAGAAUUAAUAGCUCAGAUAGUUCUUUGUAUCCUUUUAUCAGUCAAAAUAUUGGAUAUAAGCACCGUCAGUUGUCUCAAUUUUGGGAACAAACGCAGUUAUCAAACGAGGUACCUGCGAAAAAUGAAAUUCAUGAUCAACAGACUAUGUUCCGAGCAGAAGAAGCUGGUAGUUUAUCAUAUAUGCAAAAUGGCAUAUUCCUUUCAGUUGAUCAAGAGGAUGGCAACAAUCAAAUACAAACAAAUAACCAGUGUGAUUCCCUGAGUACAAGUAAUGUCGUAGUUCAAGAAAACAAACAGUCACAAUCUGUACAGGAUUUGAAUAUAGGAAAUAUUAGUCAAACAUUAACAGCACAAUCGCUGACUGUAAGAAACAAUCGUCUUGGAAGGCCAUCCAAAAGUUCUACGGAAUCUAGUACAGGAAAAAAGUUAAAAUGUCAAUGUGAGAUUUGCUUCAAAGAAUUUGGACACAAAAGUAAUUUAUUUAUUCAUAUGAGAACACAUAAUGGAGACAGGCCAUAUAAAUGCAACCAAUGUGAAAAGUGUUUUACACACAGUGGAAACUUGGCUAUACAUAUGAGAACGCAUUCUGGUGAACGCCCAUAUGGUUGUCAGAUAUGUGGAAAAAUGUUUAGCCAUAGUGGAAAUCUUUCCACUCACUUAAGAACUCAUUCGGGUGUAAAGCCCUACAAAUGUAAUGUGUGUGGUAAAGAAUUUAGACACAGUGGUAACUUGUCAAUACACGAGAGAAUACAUUCCGGAAUUAAACCAUUUCAAUGUAAAAUUUGUGGGAAAGAGUUCCAUCACAGUGGUAAUUUAACAACUCAUAUGAAAAAACAUCCUGUAAAUACAGACACAAAUCUAACUGAUUGUGAAAACAAUCAAAAGCAUGUAUUGCAUACUAGUACUGCAGAUGUUAAUAUUACCGCUUCUUCAAAUUAUUUAAAUAAUGUAUCUUUAACGCUCAAUGAUGACAUUAAAUUAAUGCAUAAUACUAGUAAUGUGGUUCCUAUAAAGAAUGAAAGUACAGAAGAUACUGUAUUAAAUACGAUGGGAAGAUUAACAUCUACUUCUAGUUGAAGGUAUACACUAUUAUUAUUAU